ACUCGCUCAGUCUCCCCCCUGUUCGUCAUGGACAACUCUACAACACGACGAAUGGCUUACCGUGAUCGAAUCCCCGCGUCGUCCGGCGCCAGUCUGACAAACCCGUCCAAUGCGAGAAACGAGCUGUUUGGAACACGAUCGGGCAACGCACCGGAUCGUCGCGCGCUGGCCGAGCACACUGAGCACAUGAUGGAGUCUGAGAACGACCGCAUUGUCGGUCAGCUGUCCCAAAAGAUCCAACUCCUCAAAUCGUUGACAAUCAGUAUCGGCGACGAAGCAAGAGCAGACAAUGCCAUGUUGGAUGAUAUGCACGGCGACUUUUCCAGCACGUCCAACCUGCUUGGCAACACCAUGAAGCGGCUAAAAGGAAUCACCAACUCUGGCAAUGGACGGCUAAUGUGCUAUCUCGUUGCGUUCGUUGUCUUUGUCUUCCUUGUCAUCUAUUGGCUCAUUCGUUGAGGGCUUUGUUGCAAUACAGUAUAUUGAGUGU